UACGGCGUUGUUAAAAAUCGAUAGACAAAUAAUUUACACUUUAGAAAAUGAACAAACGUUUCACUAAUUUAAUGUUAUGUUAUAUACAGAUCAUAGGUCGAUAGUCUAUAAAGCUGUCUGGAGGCUUUUAUUAUCGGACUCAAUCAAGCGCACGAGCAUCACCAGCGGAUAUCAGUCCUCGCGAGACAAACGAUUCUCAUAACUGUUUGUAUUAAAUAUAUAUAUAUACAUAUUAAUCUCACCAUGAGCUUCUUCAACCUGGACCGUUUCCGUUUCCAAAAGGACAGAGUGAUCGACAGCCGUUAUAAAUCUGUGGACGGGUCAAGCUCUGAUAAAGAGAAUCACAUGGCCCACCAAAGGAAGAUGGAUGGCCGAUGUGCUACAGGCAAGACAUCGAGACAAGCACUGGAGGAUGUUUUCGCUGAUGACAAAGUUGUCAGGAUGGGCAAGGAUUCUCCAUCAAAGUCAGCAGAGACUAAGCACCAGAUAAACAAAGAAAUGGAAGAUAGAGUGACCAAACUAAUUGAGAUGUUUCCUCAGAAGAGCAAGAGUGAUUUGCUGGAGGUGGUUGAGAGUACCAGCACACUGGAGGGAGCUGUGGCACAAUGUUUGAUACUGUAUGGGGAUAAAGAUUCAGACAGGCGGCAAUGCAAGGUGGGUCAUAAUGAAGAUGUUGACACUCAACCAAUAAAGAGGAGAAAAAUCAUGCACUCCGAUUCAGAGGAGGAGGAGGAAGAAGAUUCUGAAAAUGAGAGCCAGGAGCCAAGCAGAGAGCGGCAGGAGGCUCUUUUGAGGAAGCUGAUGAAGAAACUGCCUGAUUUAGAAAAGGAGGUCUUAAGAGAUGUCCUUAGAGAGCAUGACUGGGACUAUGAAAAUGCUUUUGGAUCGCUGCUUGUGUUUUCAUCAACAGAUGCCAGUUCCCCUGAAGAGCAGAGAAAACAAAAGGCAAAAUCAUCUCACUCUAAGGAAAAAACUGGCAAGAGCUUGCAGAAGCCUGAAAGUCUGUCAAGGUGGCUGACAGCAGCCCACUCACCAGUGAGAAAAUUCUCCAGUCUGUCUGCUCCUGAAAUGCAAAAAUCAGCCAGCAGCAAAAACACAACAAAGGAUUCAUCCUUUAAACGGAAGAGGGAAGAUGAAAACCCAUUAGAUGGCGUCAGUGGCUCUGAGGAUGAAGAGGAGCUUGACAGUGAGGUUGAGAGUGUCUCUGAUGAUCUGGAAUCAGAGGAUGAGUACAGCAUCUCUGGUCAACUCCAAGACCAGAUUAUUCUGUUCCUCCAGGAGGCUUCCCUAGAUGAACUUGCUUUGAUAUCUGGCUGCUCAAACAAAAAAGCCCAGAAGAUAAUUUCCCUGAGGCCCUUCAACACUUGGAAGGAUGUGAAAGAGCAGUUCUUUAAGGAUAAUGGACUGUCCAUAGACCUGGUACAUGGCUGCAAGGUGGUGCUUAAGGAGAGACAGGUGGUUAGAGACCUCAUGGGCAGAUGUGAGAAGAUUGCACAAAAAAUGACUAAAGAUGUCACCCAGGUCAUAGAAUUGGGCAUGGGCUCUAUGAAGCAACCCAAAGUCCUGAAUAGCAAGUUAAAAUUGCAACCAUAUCAGCUGAUUGGCUUGAAGUGGCUGAUACUGCUGCAUCAGCAUAAACUCAGUGGAAUCCUAGCAGAUGAAAUGGGACUGGGGAAAACAAUUCAGGCCAUCGCUUUCCUAGCUCAUUUGUAUGAAAAAGGCAUCACUGGCCCUCAUCUUAUUACUGUGCCCUCAUCCACACUGGAUAACUGGGUUCGUGAGCUGGGUCUUUGGUGUCCGAGUCUUAAAGUCCUUGUUUACUAUGGCUCUGUUGAGGACCGGAAAAUCUUACGCCAAGAAAUUCUCAGCAACCUUAUCGAUUUUAACAUCAUAGUAUCCACUUACAACCUUACAAUAGGGAAUGACCAUGACCGCAGUCUUUUCCGUAAGCUGAGGCUGAAGUAUGCAAUAUUUGAUGAGGGUCACAUGCUGAAAAAUAUGUACUCUCUACGCUACCGCCACCUUAUGGCUGUCAAUGCUGAGCACAGAUUGCUGCUGACAGGAACACCUUUACAGAACAACCUGCUGGAGCUCAUGUCCUUGCUGAACUUCAUCAUGCCUUCCAUGUUUUCCAGCAGCACCUCGCAGAUCUCAAAGAUGUUCUCCACGAGGUCAUCAGAGGAAGAAAGCAGUUUUCAUAAGGAAAGAAUAGGACAGGCCAAACUUAUUAUGAAGCCAUUCAUCCUGAGACGAGUCAAGAUUGAGGUGUUGAAACAACUUCCACCAAAAGUGGAGAAGAUUGAAAUGUGUCCUAUGAGUGAUGCCCAGCAGAAGCUCUAUGACAGCCUUUUCAAAAGGCUCAAGAAGACUACGAAUGGAGAAAAGCGGGAGCUUUGCAAUGUGAUGAUGCAGCUGAGAAAGAUGGCAAAUCAUCCAUUGCUACAUCGUCAGUACUAUACCAGUGACAAAUUGGCUGCCAUGAGUAAGGCCAUGCUUAAGGAGCCAACCCAUUUUGAUGCAGACCCUGUGCUGAUCCAAGAGGACAUGGAGGUGAUGUCUGACUUUGAACUACAUAAUUUAUGCAAGCAGUACAGCUCUAUCAGCAACUUUCAGCUGGAGAAGAAGCUCAUCUUAGACUCUGGAAAGUUUGCACUGCUAACCAAAUUACUCUCCAAGCUAAAAGCAAAGGGUGAUAGGGUUGUACUGUUCAGUCAGUUCACAAUGAUGCUGGACAUUGUGGAGAUUCUGAUGAAACACCUUGGACAUCAGUUUGUUCGACUAGAUGGGUCUACUCCCAUGGCAGAGAGGAUUGGUCUUAUCGACCAGUUUAACACAAAUUCUGAGAUCUUUGUGUUCCUUCUGUCGACCCGUGCUGGUGGCCAGGGCAUCAAUCUCGCCUCUGCUAACACAGUGAUACUGCAUGACAUUGAUUGCAAUCCUUUCAACGACAAACAAGCAGAGGACCGCUGUCAUCGAAUGGGACAAAUCAGAACCGUCCAGGUGUUGAAGCUCAUCUGCAAGGACUCUGUUGAAGCCUGCAUGCUCCGGGUGGGACAGGAGAAGCUGAAACUGGAACAGGAUAUGACCACUGAUGGGGGUGAGGAUGGUGCUAUGACUGAACAAAUGGCAGAGUUGCUCAAAGUCUCACUGGGCCUUUGAAAUCUGAAGAACAUUGAUUUGAGAGUGGUAGAUGCCUGUAUGGUACCAUUCACUCAUGUAGAAACAAAGCAACUUGAAACCUUAAUCUGAUCUGGACAUAAUCAGAUGAAAUGGACAUGCAGUAGGGGGUUUACUAAAUGGUUCUAUUGCUCAGGGAUCACCUGAAAUACUAUAUAUUCCACACUAUAGGUCCAUAUAUUUCAGACGUGCCAUCUGCAAAAUGUGUGCUGUACUUCAGUUGCCAACACUUUAGUCCAAAUUGCAAAUAAAUGAUCGGGGGAUUGGGUACAUAUUUGGGACCUUAGACUGAAGGCACUGUUGUAAAUAAACUAACAUGUAUGAAUCUAUUUUGAGCUGGUUGUAGUGACUGAUUUUUUUAAUGUGUAUG